AUGGCUCCGCGAUGCCAGCAUUUGACCUCCCCCCAGCCGAAAAGAGAAUUGAUUGAUAUUGGUCAGCUUCUCGGAGCCUGUGUCGAUGCCGCGAAGCGUGCAUGUGCGGUCAUCCGGCAAGUUGAGGAAUCCCGCAAAUCUGGGGGAUCACUUGAAGAGACAUACAAAGAUGUAUCCGACCCUCGAUCGGCCCUGACGAUUGCCGAUGUUAUGGCGCAGUCAGUUGUUGUUGCUCCUCUUUUACGACAAUUUCCGAACCUUACCAUCAUCGGAGAAGAGGAUCUUCAUCCGGACAUGAAGCCCCACCCAGCAAGUCUUCCACCUUUGAAAUUGACAUGCGAUAAAAUCGUGGCACCAGACACGUGCAAGUCUGUGCCGAUAGAGGAUGUAUGUGUAUUCUGUGAUCCGCUGGAUGGCACCUUCGAGUUUGUGGAGGGUCGCCUCGAUGCCGUGCAAUCUUUGAUAGGGAUUAGCGUUAACGGAACACCGAUCGCCGGAGUGAUAGGACAACCGUUUGUCACGGAAGAACCAAUAUAUGGGCUUGUCGGCGCCGGCGUCGUUAACUUGCUUCCCAUAGAUGAACCUCGCGCAAAGAAUUCUGGGGCCAUUGUUACAUGUUCCCGGUCGUCAUCGAAGCCCCUCAUCAAGGAAGUGAUCGACAUGCUCAGCCCCGCACAUUUGUUGCAUCUAGGUGGAGCCGGGAACAAAGUGCUUCAAGUUGCGAACGGAAACGCAGACAUAGCGAUCCUCAAUUUUUCAACAAGUUUGUGGGACAGCGCAGCGCCCACAGCCAUUAUUAAUGCAUUAGGAGGUUGCGUCACGGAUUUGUUCGGCAACCCAAUCCCACAUUACGCUAACAGUAGGAUCCAGAAUCAAUACGGCGUCAUGGCUUCAGCUAAGACGUUUGCGCACUUUGAUUCAGAUGGGAGGACACACAAAGAGAUGUGCCAGCUAUUCCGCGCUUCCAUGACUUUAGACCCGUUGUUACGCGAUACAGGUCUCAGAUUGAAUCGAAAGCCUCAGGCCACGGAUAUCGCAUUGGAUCUUGACGGUAAUCCGAUCACGGCUUCGUGGCUAUCUACCAAGCUCAGUCAAUCGGUCUUGGCCUUCACGGCUGACGAUUCCACAGCAGUGCGAUAUUUAAUGUCUGAUGCAUGUCGUUUGCAGCUUUAUUACGAAGAUCAAGAACCCACAGGCCCAGAAAGUGUAUUUUUGAAAAGGAUUGUCAUGAAGCAUCUCGAGCAUGUCAAGUUGAAAGCACGCACAGCGCCGCAAAAGCUAGCUCGUGACGUUUCCUCUUACCAAGUAGAGGCAGCCUUUCUAUCCUUGGAAGCUUGCAAUCAUCUUCGGAAUGCCGGGAUCAAAGUACCGAAGUCCUACUUCACUGACUCGCGUCCGUCCAAACUGCCCAUUGAAAGUAGAUUUUUAAUUAUACUUGAAGAUUUCAGUCCAGAGAGAAGCUGGAAACAAGUUGGUCUUCUAGACAAAGACAAAAUGCGGUGUACUCUACAUUCACUCGCAUGUAUGCAUGCUUUCUUCUGGCAAUGCCGCGAUGAACCCCUCUAUGAAACAUUGUGUGAGGCUGUUUGGGAUCAAGCAACUUAUUGGGUUCCAUGUAGACAAGCGCCUGAUAGCUUUCGCAAGCUCCCUUCCUGUUGGGAAAAUUACCUCCACAGUUUUGCUGAUUCUCUACGAGAGGCCGGCCUUGAUCCUGAUCAGAACGAGACACUGAAAAAUCUUGGGCAUCUUUUGGAGACGCGUGCACCGCUGUCUGCAGACAAAGUGCACGGAGUUGGUCUGAAUGAGGAACAUAGUCACAGAACAAUCAUUCACGGUGAUGCAAAGGCGGCAAACUUCUUUUACAGGCCCAGUAAAUCACCGUCUACGCGGCGUGCUGAAACUGGGAAGAGCUCCGAUGGUGAGGCUUGGGAAGUUGGCAUUAUUGAUUUUCAGUGGUGUGGAUGGGGACAUCCGGCAGUUGACGUAUGCUAUUUGAUUGCGGCAUCUGCAGGACCCAGUCUUUUAACGCCUGAUGGGAACGGUGAAGAUGUUCUUCUCGAAUAUUACUACUCAUGCCUGACACAAUUCCUUGUUGAAUUUGGCAAGGCAGAUGACGUUGAAGCCGCCGUGCGUUUAAUCAGCAUGGAGGAGCUGAAAUGCUAUUAUGAGGAAGCGUUAUUGGACAUCGCGCGUGUUGUCAUUUCAUACCAUUGGGACCGGAUCCGCGCAAGCCCAGAGGUGUUGGAAUCCAGGAAAGACAAAUUGGGGUCGAACUCGUACAAUAAGAACUUGAAGUGUGCGAUGUGGCUUAUCGCGCGCACAGUCUCCCUAUUGUCGAGAUCAUAGAAAUACCGCCAUAUACAACCAUGACGAUGACAACUGGCAUUAUCCUGAUGGUGGCUUUUUAUUAAAGUCGAUUUAUCGGACAAGCCCGUCAGGACAAAUUGGCGAGCUGGAGUUCAAAUUACACAACAAAAA